AUGUACGGCUUGAAGCAGGCCCCUCGUGCCUGGUACCACCGGUUCGCCUCCUACAUCGCCACUCUGUUUGUCCUCCACUAUGCGGCAGACACGGCAUACUUACUGCUCUAUAUGGACGACAUCAUCGUCACCGCCUCGUCGACGAGUUUUCUUGAGGGGCUCCUUGCGCAUCUUCAUAGCGAGCUCGCCAUGACUGAUCUUGGGGACCUCCACUACUUCCUGGGUAUGAAGCUUCUUCCCGACGCCACCGACUACAGGAGCAUCGUGGGCAGUCUUCAGUACCUCACACUGACGCGCCCCGAUAUCUCCUACGCUGUUCGGCAGGCCUGUCUUCACAUGCAUGCUCUGCGCACGUCUCACUUGGAUCUCGUGGAGUUUGGCCUCCAGCUCCACGCCUCCUCGUCGACCGCCCUUGUGGCCUACUCCGACGCCGACUGGGCAAGCUGUCCGGACUCGCGCCGCUCCACCUCCGGUUACUGCGUCUACUUCGGUGAUAGUCUCAUCUCUUGGUCCUCCAAGCUGUGUCCCGUUCCUCUGCAGAGGCUGAGUACCGCGCCGUCGCCCACGCCGUCGCCGAGUGCUGUUGGCUCCGCCAGUUGCUCCCGGAACUUCAUCGCCCCCUGA